AUGGUUUCACUUUCUAAUUUAUUAGUGUGUUUGGGAUUAGUAGUAGUUCCAACUACCCUUGCAUUUUCUGAUACUGCACCAAUUAUCAUUCAUUCCAACAACCAGGAUGCGCUUGAAAGCAACCAUAAAUAUAUCACAAAAUUUGUUGAUGUUAAAUCAAAAGUAGAUGAAAUCAUUAAGGAAAGCUGUAGUGACAAAAACAGCAAGUUAUUUAUUUAUCAAAUCGAGGAUUUAAGUAUUGAAUCUGAUUAUUCUUGGUUGUUGAACAAAGGGAGCUAUCCUAAUGUAUUAUAUCAUGAAAAAAAUGAAGCCAACUACGAUUUUAAUGGUAAAUGUGAAGAAAAGGAAUCUGGUACGGUUCAAUUUAGUGUUUUGAAGACUGGCUCAUUGCAAGAGAUAUACGAAAAGCAUAAAGAAAACAAAAACGAGGUAUUUAUUAUCCAAGUAUUACCUAAGUUCACCAGUGGUCAUUCAUUAAAGGCUAUUAAGGAAAAAAUGUACAACUUAUACAAUGAUGAAGAUAUUGUGAUUAGUAGCAAAAGAGAUAAACAAAGUGACAAUGAAAAUGAUGCCGAAAUCGAACAAGAAAUUGAGCGUGAUUUUGAAGUUGCUGAAUCCUUAGCUUCCGAGGAGUCAGACCCUGUCAGCAUUUUCGAUACUGAUAAACAAAAUAAGAAUGGUACAGUAGUUAAACAUGAUAAUUUAUUUACAAAGUAUCAAUUUUUCACUUCCGGUAUUUGGUCAGGAAUCAUCAUUUCAGGAUUUUUAUUGGUUAUUUUGUACAAUGCUUUGAGUUGGCUUUCUAGUUUGGAAAUCACUUAUGCCUCGUUUGAAAAACAAAUUGAUUUUGAUAAAAAAAAUGAAUAA